GCAUUCAGCCACCAUGACGACCUCAAGCCUCGUGUUCGUACUCGCCCUCGUGGCAGGUGGACUUGCAGCGCCGUGGACAGCACAGGCGCCGAGAUGCUCCACUGAAUGCCCCAUCACCGGAUCCCCCAAGCUGGCCUACCAGCCUGAGAAGACCUACACGUACGCCUACUCCGGCAAGUCUCGAGUCCAGCUGAAGGGCGUGGAGGACGGCGUUACGGAACUCGAGUGGUCCAAGCAAGUGGAGCUGACGUGGAUCACUCCCUGCGACAUGGCCAUCACGAUCAAGCACGCCAAAGUGGAUGGCGCUGCAGGAGCUGAUGUAGGGUUCCUGGAGCGCUAUCCCUUGGUGGUGGCCGUGGCAGACGGGCGCAUCCAGCACGUGUGCACUCACCCCGGCGACGCCCCUUGGUCCAUCAACAUGAAGAAGGGAAUCGCCACGACCCUUCAGAACUCACUUCCGUCGCUCUCUCCUUUCAGCUCAGGACUCACUAUUACAGAGACAGACGUUGUAGGAAAGUGCCCAACGAAGUAUGAGAUUGAGACCGAAGGAGAAAAGGUCAUCGUUGUCAAGGAGAAGAACCACCGCCAAUGCCAAGAACGCUUCCCAACACCUGCAGAAACACCUGUCCCUUGGCUGAAGGCUCCCCUGCCAAUCGAAGAGUCCAGGUCAGAGUGCAAGCAGGAGAUCACCAAUGGCAUUUACACCGCCAUCAUGUGUCAGGACAAGAACAUUGUUCGACCUGCCUUUGGAGUCUACAAGUAUGUGGAGGCCAACCAAGAGUCAACACUUCGCUUCAUCUCCGAGUCCAGCGAUGCUUCCGCCAUCAGUGCCAUCCCUCGAGCUGAAUUCCACAUUGAAAGUCUCUUGUACAACCACGAAAUGGUGAAGGAACCAGAAUUGGCACCUGAGGUAGAUGAGGUCAUGAAGCAGAUCUGCCAGAAGACCAUGGAGACUAUUGAGCCUGAUGCUGCUGUACUGGUUGACAAAGCCCUCCAUCUGUUGCGACGUGUUCCUGUGUCCGUAGUUGAAGCAACUGCAGAGAAAGUGCGAGGAGGACGUUAUUGUGGCAACUCUGCCAGGUUAGAGAGCAUCUUCUUGGAUGCCAUUGCCUUCGUCCACGAGUCUGGUGCUGUCAAGAUCAUGGUCCAGGAAAUAGAAAGUGGACGAGCAACAGGAGGACGUCUUGCUCUUUACACAGCUGCUCUCUACCUUACCCCAAGACCCAACAUUGAAGCUGUGGAGGCCCUGAAACCCUUGUUUGAAAGCCCCCGACCUGUGCCUUCCGUAGCUCUGGCUGCUGCCACCAUGAUUAACAACUAUUGCCGUCACACUCCUCAUUGCAGCGAGACAGCUCCAGUCAAGGAGAUUGCUGAGAUCCUGGCCACCAAAGUCCAAAGACAAUGCUCUCCUUCUGCCGGCGAAGAAGUCGAGAAAGAAGCACUUGCAACACUUAAAGCACUAGGCAACAUGGGAGUUAUUACACCUGCAGUAACAAGAGCAGCAGUUGGCUGCAUUGAACAAGAGGGAGUAGAAACUAGCAUUCGAGUAGCAGCCGCACAUGUCUUCAGGCAUACUCAAUGUGCUCACUAUGUUACAGGAAAGCUUAGUGACAUUGCAGUUCAUCCAAGUAUGGCUACUGAAGUUCGAAUUGCAGCUUAUUUGGGAGCAAUCAGAUGUGCUGAAGAGGAACAUCUUGAGAAGAUUAUUUCAAAGAUUUCUGAAGAACAAAAUACUCAAGUGCGAGGUUUCAUUUUGAGCCACUUGUUGAACAUCCAAGAAUCUGCCUCACCUGACAGAGAGCGUCUACGCUACCUCCUCACAAACUUCGUCAUUCCUAGAAACUUUGAAGGAGAUAUCAGGAAACACUCUCGCAAUAUUGAGAUGUCUUACUUUUCUCCUUCUCUCGGUAUUGGUGCUGGUGUGGAGUCCAAUGUCAUCUACACUCCUGAAUCCUUCCUUCCUCGCUCUGUUGAUCUGAAUCUCCGAACGACUAUUGAGAACUUGGGCAUCAAUUUGGGAGAGGCUGGCAUCCGACUUGAAGGCUUAGACCCAAUCAUUAAGGAACUAGUUGGUCCAGAAGGAUAUCUUCGAAAGGCAUCAUUUGGACGCAUUUUGAAAGACAUUGUUGCAUUUGCUGAAGAGAAGGGACAUCGUAUUGCAGAACAUUUAGAAGAAAGCCUUCGAGAAAAGAGGGCCAUCAGCACUUCUACCAUUUCCAGAUUUUUCAAAAAGCUCUAUGGAGAGAGGAAAGAGGGCGAAGUCCGAGCUGAUGUAUUCGCAAGAAUCUUUGGACAUGAAGUGACGUAUGCUACCAUUGCUGAGGAUCUGAAGGAGUUGGAUGCUGACAGAAUAAUCGAGUCAAUCUUCUCUUACUUUGAUGCCACCCUUCCCAAUAUUCACAAUCUGGACAUUGACUCUGCCCGCACAGGCCAAAUAUUCCUUGACUACUCUUUGCCUACUAUUCAAGGUACUCCUCUCAAGCUGAAGUUGGAAGGAACUGCCAUUGUGGGAAUCAAAAUGGCUGGUGAUUUUAAUAUCAUUGAACUCUUCACCAACCCAGCACACGUUGAGAGGACUCUUCAACUGAUUCCAAGUGCAUCAGUUGCAGUUAGUGGUUUUGUUGGCUAUGACUGCCACAUUGCUAAGGCAGGAACUGAACUGAAGAGCACCAUUGCAACUGCUAACGGAGCCACCAUUAACAUCAAGAAGAACAGCAACAACGUAUUUGAGUUUGAAUUGGAGCUUCCAGAGAAGAUGGAACUCUUCAAUGUCAAGGCAGAAACCAACCUUAUCAAAGCUAUUGGAAAGAGAGUGACGAAGGUCAGUCCAGCAUCCAUGAGGGAUGUUAGGAUUCACCACCAGAAAUGCAUGGAUGCAUUUGAGCCAGUGUUUGGUAUCAAGAUGUGUUAUGAAAUGAAUUUCCCAGACAUCUUCCGUAGCACUGCUAUGCCUCUUGGAGAACCCAUUGUUGCCAAGUUGUACAUUGAGAAAGCUGAUCCUUCCAUGAAAGGUUACCGAAUGACAACUGCCAUCAAGAACAAGAGAGGUAAUAAGGUUAUCAAAGUUAACAUUGAAACUCCUGGAGCUGCAACACCACGACAAGCUGAACUGACAAUGUCCUAUACCAAGGAGGAAAGGUCACACAUUGUCUCUGCCAAAUUUGAGUCCUCUGGCACCUCAGUAGGACUAUGGACUACCUUAACAAAUGAGGCAGAGUACAAGGCUCUCGAGACAUUUAUAAAAUGUAGGUCCGAAUAUUUUGAUAUUUCACGAGGAAUGAAGGCAGAAUUUAGUGGAAAGGAAGUUGGUAAUGAAAUGCAAUAUGAAAUAAAUGUAUUCACUGGCCAGAAUAAGAGGUUUGCCACAUCAUCCAAGAUGGUGGAAGCUAGAUUUAUCAAGAAAAUGAAUGGUCCCGAGGUGGAAGUAACCUGCAGAACAAUGAAUGGUCUGAGGGACUAUGUAGAGCUAAACUUUGAAGUUGAUGCUGACUUUAGAUACAACCCAUAUGCCUGCAUGUCAGUUCCAACUGCAGUACGGAAGAUGGAAUUCCACACCAAUAUCAGAGGAUGGAAAAUAGCAUCUUCUGUCCACAAAACAGCUGGGCCAAUGGAAGCUACAGAGCAUAUUGCUACAUUUCUUGUGGAAGCAAGAAAUACUGAGAUUAUGUCUGUAAAGGCUGCCGUGAAUACCAGAGGACGAAUGUUCAGAAAUAUGAUUAUUCAGAAUGAAAUUUCAGUUAACUUUGGACAACAGUCAUACAGUGCUUCCUAUGACCUGUUCCUUGGAGCAUCGAAGAUGGGAACAAAAGUGGAAGUGACUAAACCCAAAGAGACCUUGAAGAUCACUGAAUUUGAAGCUUUGUAUGAACGAGCUGGCAACACACACAAUGUGAAAGUGUUUGUUAAUGCUCCGCAAUACAUGCGAGCUAUCAAGUUUGAAAGCAAAAUCAGUGAGGAAGAAAGCGGCAAAUAUGCAGUAGAAGCUGCCCUCCAACGGGGUCAACGUAACUUGCUGCAGCUUGAUGGUCCACUCACAUACAUUUACUCACCAAGGAAGUUAAAGGUUGAAGCUGAACUGAAAGUUGCCAUGCUUGACAUGGAACCUCACAUUAUUUCUACAACUAUGCUUGGAAGCAGCAACAAACAGAUUCUAGCUUUUGAGAUGAAGAACAGGCAAGAAAGUCUCUUUGCCUUCAAAUGGAUCCUGACUUCCGAGGGGGGGCCAGAACAGAAGACUAUCAGCAACACCAAGCUCAUAGUCCCUGCUUUCAUGGAGUUCUUGUUCGACAUCUCGCUCAUACAAAACAAUAUUCAUGUGAGCCUCAAUACAGCGGUCCUUCCCAAAAGUGAGUCUGCACAUCGCAUAAAGACUUUUGUAGAUAUCGACGGUGAAAACAAGAAGAUAAAUGCUGAAUUUGCUUGGGAUGCAGAUCGUAACCCUGAUAGGAAGCUUGCUGUGGAUGCAAAUGUUAUUAGCAGCUCCCCUGACCUUGGCCAUGCUUCCAUUCAUGGAAACAUCAUAAUUGCUGGUGAGCCAUACCACAUGAAGCUAAGCCUGAAUGCUGAAGAUAUCCUGGCAUCUGGCUUUGAACUGGAAGUAACCACACCUUCCCAAAAGACUCUUGCCAUGGAAGCCAGCUACAAAAUCGAGGACCAACGACCCAUCACCAGAGUUAUUACCAUGUUCAGGUACAAGAACACUGAAGAUAAGGAACAUAAAUUCACGGGUUCUGUUGCUGCUGAGAAACUUGAGGGUCCAUACAGUUAUGCUCUUGACACCAACGUGAUUUACAUAGCCCCUGAAGGAAAGGAAACAAGGUUGGAGACUAUUCUGAAACAUCACAAAAUGCCAGAGGCACGAGUGGUACUCUUUAAGGUUGAUGCUGAAGGCCUUGUCCUAAGGAAGCCCCUCGUGGUGGAAUUCUUCAUUGAAAACAAAGAAGGCUCUUACGAAGGCAAAUGCACAAUGGCAAGAAAUGCUCCUAAAACUGUCUUUGACUGGGACGUGAAGAUCCAUCCCCAUGGUGAAAUUGAAGCCAUUGAAGCAGGACUGGAUUUGAAGGCAACAGUUCAGCUACUGAAGGUUGUCCGUGCUGCACUUACCUUUGUGAAGGAAGAAAGAAUUGAGAGAUCCGAGUCAGCUAACUAUCGAUAUCAUUACAGUAAGCCAACACCAACAUCUUACCAUGUCAGUGUACAAACGCCAUCACGCACAAUGCAGGGUGAAGCCCACAUCUCAGCUUCACAGUCAGGAAUCAAGUUCUAUCCCAACAAACACAACUCUGAGUCCACCUAUGAAAUUGGAUACAAGGCUACCCACACGGGCAACCAAGGCAGAUGGGAGAGCCAAAUUAACCAUCCGGCUCUUCCAAAGCCCAUGCAGUUUGCUCUUCAGUACACAGCUGACCGAACAGCUGUGGAAGGAACUGUAGAACUGGAUAUUUUCUCAUCUAGUGCAGACAAAAUUACUGGCCACCUUGCAUCAACUCGAGUAUCAGCAAACACCAUUAGAACUGAAGGUUCCAUUGUCAGCAGGGUUCUGAAAGUGAGUCCCAAACUUAUUCUGACUACAGCCAUUGCCUCAGAGACAGUUGGUUUAGAUGUAGAAUUCAGGAAAUCUCCUUCUGCACCACCAUCCAUUAAGGUUAUUGCCAAAUACGACAAAACGAGUCCAAAGAAUGCAGUCCUGGCUUUCACUAUAAACCACGAAAACACUCCAGUAUUUGAAGUGACUGGGGUAAUGAAGCCUGAUGAGGCGCCUACAUGUAAUGGCUUGGCUGUGUCUGCUGUUGUCUAUGCACCUGUUCUGGGAACACAUGACAUCCACUCAAGAAUGUGCAAACCUGCUUUUGUAGAGGUGACCACCAACAAGCAAGGCACUGAUAGGAAAUAUAUUGCUAGGAUCGGUCUUCAGGCACCAGAUAAUGCAGAAGUUAGUCUGAGCAAGGGAACAACACAGUCUGUGGAGGAGUAUCCUAUCAUCCUCGCUCGCCUGGAGAUGGUUGAUCCUACAGUGAUCAGAGUCGGCUUUGCUUAUGAGCGUCCAGAAAUCUAUCGUAUGAUGGAUUUGAUUCAGGAAAAACUCUCAGUUGUCAAGGCCUCUGUGGGAGCUGCAGUUCAAGAGAUCUUUGAGGAAGUAGCAGGGUCUUCGGCAAGCAUGCAAGGGUCAGAGUUGUCCACACUAAUUGCUGAAGUUAAAGAAGAACUGGGGAUGAUCUACCAGGAUCUGGUCGAAGAUAGCAGGCCAUUCCUUGGAGAAAUGCCUUCCUUUGGUCGUAUGAAGAACAGCUUCAGGCAUAUGAUUCGAAUUUGGGCUCAGCUUGAGAAGAGCAUCAUUCAAGAACGCAAGAAGAUGAUCAAUGUUUGUCUAGAGAUGGUGAAAGAUAUUACCACUCAGGUAUUUACAGCUUUGGAGGAAGCACUCGAAAUUCUAGAGACUGGAGAGAUUCCUGAACCUGUACGCCAUAUGGUAGAAGAGCUGAAAAGGAGUGAAAUGUAUGAGUUUUUCAAGGGGCCAGUGGAUGCAUUGCUGGAUAGAUACCCAGAGGAGUAUGAGGCCAUUAAGUAUGUUGUAAUCAACGUGAUAAGUACCAUCGAGAGAGACUUUGACCUCAUGUUCGAGAGGAUCAUGGAAAUCCCUGCUUUCCAAAGAAUUAUCAAUUGGAUCAUGGAAAACCUUAAUCCUGGCCGUCUGGCAGCAGUAGAGGCAAACACACUGGCAGAGAUUCUUCUUGAGGACUUCCACGUCCUCGACGUGAAGGCAGAGGAGAACCAACUCAUGAUUGAGAUCCCACUGUACAAACCUUUGUAUUCAGUGGUGCAGUUUAUAAAGGAAGUGAUUAAUCCAUAUGAAAUCCGCAAAGACUAUAUGUGGCUGAUUGGUGGCACACUACCUUAUACUCUUGAAGACUUUAUCUGGACGUAUUACACCUUCGUGCCUCAGCAAAUCACAGAUCUGUUGCCACCUUACCCUCGAACAGCCAUGGUGGUAGGUGGUACUGAGAUCCUCACCUUCGACGGCCUUGUAGUGCGAGCACCUCGAUCCCCCUGCAAGGUCCUGUUGGCCGCCCAUGGUUCCCACACCAUCAUGAUGUCCCACCCACAGCCCUCAGCUCCUGCAGAGGUUGAGCUCAAGACACCAGAUGCCACCAUCGUCAUCAAGCCUGACGCUGAAGUGCUUGUUAACGGUCAGCCAAUCAGAGGAUCAGAGGAGACUAUUGGAAAGAUUAGAAUUGAGAAGAAUGCCGAAGAGAUAGUGGUACAGUGUCCUUUGAUGAAGAUCAUCGUGUCUAAGAAGAGCGAGGUUGUGGCCAUAAAGGCUUCAGGAUGGACCUUCGGCCAUGUGGCAGGGCUUCUGGGUCCCAACAACGGAGAAAUUGGGGACGACCGCCUCAUGCCCAACGGUGCAGAACCCUCGAGCCCCCGCGAGGUGGUGGCUUCCUGGCAGGAGAGGAAGCAGUGCUCCAUGCCCGAGAUUCCCCAUGCCAUACCCACAGUAGCUCGCGUGAUCAAGUGUGAAGCACUUCUCAGGAUCCGGUCACAGUGCAUCGCAGUGGUGGAACCAGAACCCUUCAUCCAAAUGUGCCACGCCGCCCAGAACGCCUGCGACGCCUUUACUGCGUUCAGGACCUUCUGCGCUCUAAAGGGAGUUGCAGAAGCAUCCCCAAUCCCUUGCUAAGUGGGAAGCUGCAUACAGUCAAUAUUGAGAUAA